AUAGUAUCAAUACAACAUUAGUGUUAAUUGUGAAGUCAUAAACGCACGCACCACAGCAGCUUUCAAGAGGAAUCCGACUUUAUAUUUGUUCAGCACCAUUUGUCGAAAAUAGUGUAAUAUCAUGAAAGUUCUAUUUGUUUUGGCUCUGUUGAUUGCAGCUGCUGCGUCUCUGCCACAAUUUGGUGGCUUCGGUGGCCCUGGAUUUGGUGGUGGAUUCGGCCGUCCUGGUUAUGGUGGCGGAUUUGGUCGUCCCGGAUUUGGUGGUCCUGGUUUCGGCGGAGGUCCCGGUUUUGGGGGCGGUCCAGGCUUUGGUGGCGGCCCAGGCUUUGGUGGCGGUCCAGGCUUUGGAGGCGGUCCAGGCUUUGGUGGUGGUCCAGGCUUCGGCGGUGGUCCCGGAUAUGGCGGUGGUUUCGGAGGUCCCGGUGGUUUCCGACGAGGUGGUGGUGGCGGCUCCGCUUCAUCAUCAUCAUCCGCAAGUUCUAGUUCGUCUGGUGGUGGCGGUAGAGGCGGUGCUUCGUCUUCAGCUUCAGCAUCUUCGUCGUCAUCGUCUUUCGGCUAAGUUUAUUUGGCACUUACUUAGUAUAGUUCAAUUUUAAUAGAUUAUUUAAAUAACAAUUAAUUGAGGGCGGGAUGAACCAUUUU